AUGCCUCCUCGUCAGUCAUCUCGACGAGGCAAGGCCGUCGCGGCGCCCGCUGCCACUGCGCCGAAAGGCAAAGCUGGAAAGAGAAAGGUCGAAGAGGAUGAAGAUGACGUGGAACCCGCUGCGCCGGAACCCAAGGCCGCAAAGAAACGCAAGACCGCCAAGGGAAAGGCUGAAGAGCUUGUGGAACUUGCCAAGCGAACCGUUAUAGAUACUCUUAAGAAGCCUAUGUAUAUUGGCGCGCACGUCAGCAGCGCAGGAGGUGUACAAAAUUCGAUUACAAACGCUAUGCACAUCGGUGCAAAUGCGUUUGCGCUAUUCCUAAAGUCCCAGCGGAAAUGGGUAAAUCCGCCUAUCGCGCCCGAUGCCCUCGACGGAUUCCUUACCCUGUCAAAGAGCAACAAAUUCGAGGUUCACAAACACUGCCUACCACACGGAUCGUAUCUCGUGAACCUCGCGGCGGCGGAUGAGGAGAAGGCGGAGCAGGCGUACAAUUCGUUCUUGGAUGACUUGAAGCGCUGCGAGUCGCUCGGCAUCAAGCUGUAUAAUUUCCACCCGGGAAAUACCAACGGCGAGCCCAGAGAAGAGGCUAUCGCGCGUAUAGUAAAGCAGCUGAACAAGGCACAUGAGGAGACGAGAACCGUGAUCACGGUACUUGAGAACAUGGCUGGGCAAGGCAACGUCAUCGGCACCACACUCGAGGAUCUAAGAAAUAUCAUCCGACUCGUGGACGAUAAGGACAGAGUUGGAGUCUGUAUAGACACAUGCCACGCCUUCGCCGCCGGCUACGACAUCCGCGAACCCUCACUCUUCAACCAAUUCCUCAACAAGUUCAACGAGAUCGUCGGAAGCCAGUACCUCAAAGCCUUCCACCUGAACGACAGCAAGGCGCCGCUGGACUCGCACCGGGACCUGCACGCGAACAUCGGCACGGGCUUCCUGGGCCUGCGCGCCUUCCACGCCAUCGUCAACCACGACGACCUCCGCGACAUGCCCAUGAUCCUCGAGACGCCCAUCGAGCGCAAGGGCGCCGACGGCAAGACCUACGAGGACAAGCAGGUCUGGGCCGACGAGAUCAAGCUGCUCGAGUCCCUGAUCGGCAUGGACAUCGACGGCGACCAGUUCAAGGCCCUCGAGAAGCGCCUGCAGGCCGAGGGCGCCGCCGAGCGCGACAAGAUCCAGGACCAGGUCGAUCGCAAGAGCGCCAAAGACGCGAAGAAGGCCACCAAGGCCGCGCCGAAGAAGAAGACGCAGCGCGGAAAGAAGAAAGCCGAGGCUUCGGAGGACGAAGAUUCCGAGUGA